GCGAAUGCACCAUUAAAUAAUUUGUAAAAAAAAAGUAACUGUCUCUGUUAUAAUCAAAUUUUCGAAUCUGUGGUGUGGGUCGUCAAUUUUAAAUUUUUUUGCAAAGUUGCACAUUUGUUUUGUCUUUUCAUUUUCGGCGUCUCCCUUGCUAUUUUCAUGUAUUUCUAUAAGAUGUAAUAUAAGUCAUCAUUCCUUAUAAUUGAUAUUAUCGAUUGAUAUUAUGGGAAUGUGGAAAUUCGACAAAAUUCUAUUUAGCCGAGCCCAUUUCCGGCGAGACGACAGUGGUGGCAGCAUGGCGUUGGAGUCGCGCGUGAAACAGGAGCCCCACGAUCAGGUUUCAGACCAUGGUGAGUUUUGCGACAUAACUCUAAGCAGUUUCCCGACUAUCCGCUCUAAACUUAUGUGAAUCGUACGCGAAAGCCGCAGGGGGGCACAAUCAGCGACUAAAUCAAGUCAAGGAAGGAGUCGCGUGUGAAGGAUUUUUGCACUAAACUAUAUAUACAAAGUGGACCUAUAUACAAAGAAAUAGAUUAGAAAGAGAGAGAUGUAACAUCAGUGUUACUCACUUCGGCCGCAGACUGAAUCCACGCGAAGGGCAGCAUGGCAAGCGGUUACAUGCGUCCAUUCCGUGGCCUUAUAGAUUUUUAAUAACUUAAAUUAUGAUAAUAUUGGCUUGUAGUAUUAUGUUUAUUAAGGAUUCAUGUCCAAAAUAAAAGCUUUUUAAAUUUUUUCUAACCCAAGAUGUCAAUCACUUAUUAAGAGAGAAACAGAAUUCACAGAUGAACAGAAGCUUGUGAAUAAGGAGCUUCUGAGCUUGGGGAAUGAGUGUAAUAUCAGUGAGGCGGCUAUGCUCGCCGGACUGUACAAGGAUCAUACAGUCAAGGAUGAGCUGGUGGUGGGUCCGGAGCAUCCUCAUCGGCCCGAUGUAAUGCUGGUGGUACAUGGCUGGGCGUCAGCUGACGCUGAUGGCUGUCCCAACCCACCGGCGCUGGAGCGCCCCCGUGGACCAGAACUCGCGCUCCGGGACUGCUACGUGCGGCUCGAACGUCUCCAACACCACGAGGCACCCGCCGGCCACGAUGCCGCCGCACCGAACAGCGUUCAUACUAGCAAAUUUUAUACUGAAGAUGAAAUUUACACGAAAAAGAAAAAAGGGAAAGAAGUAAUAAUACCUUGUGAUAGGUUAGCUCUAAAGUCGGAUUUGAAAAAACAUGUCAAGAUACAUAUUCAAAAGUUAAGAAGCAUGACGAUGGAAAAAGACAAGCAUUGUGCUGCUGGGAGAGAUAAGAACAAAUCUUCUGGCGGCCGCAAACAGAGGUCAGCACGGGAGCGCGCCGCAAGCAAACUACAUACGCAGUGCUUUGUGAGAAUCGAGCGCCUCCCACACCAUGCGCUGCUCAGAUGUAACAUGCGGCCCGCCACAGCGCUCCGCCAAUCGCCACCCGUGAGUCACGCAGGGGAGCCCCCACUUGAUUCACCAAACAAAAGUAUAUCAAAGAAAAUAAAAACUAACACGAAAAAAUAUGUGUGCGACACUUGCCAUCGUACAUUUCUACAUCGAAAAUACUUAAUCCAACAUAUUAGACUUCAUCUAAGAAAAAAAUCAGAAUCGUCCAAAGUUAAAUACAUUAAAACAAACGGGAAACGCGAUGUUAAGCAUUGCGCGAAUAAAACUAAUUUAAAUCAGAUACAGAAACACGCGGUAAUCCCUUCUAGUGUUUCUAAAACACAGCCUGCGCUAUUGAGCAAUUCUACUCAGCAUAAAGAAGUUGACAUAAAAUCCUAUUCAUGCGAAAUAUGCAACGGACAGUUUGACAAAUUGUCCCAAUUUAAAAUACAUAGACGACUUCAUUUGGGUCUAAAUGUGUACACAUGCGAAGUAUGUGAAAAGAAGUUUGGCAAUUUGAACUCUUUCGAGGCGCAUAAAAGAGUACACAGUGGUGCGAAGCCUUACUCCUGCGACAUAUGCAGAAAGAGUUAUGCGCAAAUGAGCCACUUGAAUUAUCAUAAACGCGUACACACUGGCGAGAAACCGUUCGUGUGCAAGAUUUGUAAGAAACAGUUUACGUACAAGAGCGUCUUAACUAUACAUAUACGUAUUUGUCAUACAAAUAUAAAACCAUAUACGUGCAAAGUAUGUAUUAAACAGUUUAAAACCCAGAGUCAGUACAAAAGCCAUGAACGUGUACAUACUGGUGAACGACCGUACUCUUGCGAAAUAUGCCAUAAACGGUUCAAGCAUAAGCAUGCUUUAAUUGGACACGUGCUAUUACACACGGGGGAAAAGCCAUACCUUUGUGAAGUAUGUAAUAAGCGCUUUGCGCUUUUAAGGUAUUAUAGUUCACAUAAAUGCCGCGUUAAAAAGCCUUACUCGUGCGAAGUUUGUUCAAAGAAAUUUGCGCAUCCCUCUCAGUUGAAUGACCACAACAUUGUCCAUACGCGCGAAAAAUCUUAUUCAUGCGAGUUAUGCAAAGAGCAGUUUUUGUAUAGGAGCCAAUACAAGAGGCAUAACCUACGUCAUCACACUGUUGGGACGCACUAUUCGUGUGACGUAUGCAACAAGAUGUUUGUUUUGCGGCGCAGUUUUGAGGCACACAAACUAACUCAUACUGACGAAAAACCGUACUCGUGUGAACUGUGUGAACAGAAAUUUGCACAUAUAAAGGCAUUGAGUCAUCAUAAACAAGCCCACACUGACGCAACAUACUCUUGCGAUAUAUGCAAAAAAAAAUUCUCCCAUAAAUUAUCCUUGACUAGCCACAUAAGAGCGCACAUUGGUGAUAGGCCAUUCCUGUGUGACGUAUGUAACAAGCGAUUUAAGCACUUGAGCCAUUUGAAUAAGCAUAAACGAGUUCACAUGAAGAAUAAAACUUAUACUUGCAAAAUAUGUAAAGAAGUGUUUGCACAGUUGUACCGUUAUCAUAUACAUAGACGAAUUCAUUUGGGUGAAUUCUUAUAUUCUUGUGAACUUUGUGAAGAAAAGUUUAUACAUAAAAAUCGUUUUGAAUCACAUAAACGAAAGCACACUGGAGAACGACCAUACUCAUGCGAUAUAUGCGACAAGAAGUUUGCGGAAUCGAGUUAUUUAGUUGUCCACAUGCGAAUCCAUACUGGAAUAAAACCUUAUAAGUGCGACAUAUGCGACAAACGGUUUACACAAUGCGGUGACUGGAACAAGCACAAACGAGUACACAGUGGCGUAAAGCCGUACUCCUGCGACAUCUGUAAAAAACAGCUUGCGGAUUUGCGUGGCUUGAAUUAUCACAAACUUACUCACACUAGUGAAAAACCUUACUCAUGUGACAUUUGUGACAAAAAAUACGUUCAUCCAAAAACUUUGAGAGCACAUAGACGAACCCAUAGUGGCGUAAAACCUUAAUCAUGCGAAGCAUGUUAAAUUCGUUUUACGCAAUUCAAUACUUUAACGUGCCAUAAACAACGAAAUACUUGCGAAAUACCAUAGCUAUUCGUACAAGAGAAUAUGUCACUGUGAUGUCUGUGAUCUGCUUAUUUAAUACGAUAUUUUUUUAGCGAGAAAACGUUCUUAAUAAUAAUUUGUUUGUCGAGUUGUAUUUUACGUUAACCUUUUUCGCUUUACAUUAUGAAUGUAACUUGCACUAUGAAUAAAAUGACAAAUGUUAAUUGUUGUGUAUGUGCAUAUCUCAUUAACUUUAUAUUUUUUAUUUGUCACAGAUACGGUGUCGUUUGGUUGUUAACAAUACACUUAUGUAUUUUUGAAAUCAUAAUCAAAGCUGCCAAACCGGCCGCCAGGAAGUUUUUUUGUUUUCUUUUUUGUUGAUCAAUGUACAUUUAUAUACAGGGUGAUUCAUGAGACGUGAGCUGGACUAAGCCUACACAAUCAGUAAAUGUUAAUGAAUCGUUCACCAUCAUAUUUAAGUAAAACAAUCACGCUUUUUAUCUGUUAUUUAACUUUUUCUUAAGGACAAAUUUGAUUAUCUACAAUCAUGGACACCCUACAACACUUAAUUAACAAAGAUAAAACCUCUUUAACCGUUAUGACAGCACUUUGAUUAUGAAGAAAAUAAAAUGUCACACUUGAGUGAGAUACGAUUUUAUAAAAGUAACCAGACUCCGAUGACAUUCAAUUUGUCACUUAUUAUGGAUAAAACAAAGAGGGUGACCAUAAAUAUCGUAAAUAAAAUAAAACUCUUUUUUUUGAACAGUAAAAAUUAAAUUAACGUUAAUCUCACAAAUACUGGCACGAAACAGUUGCUGAUAAUUUACCGGAUAUGCAGGCUUGAUCCUGCUCACGUCUCCUGAAUCAUACUGUAUACUGAAAGCAGAUUAUGGAUUUGCUUAACGCCAUUGAUAGAUUUAUCUUUCUGUAAGAGUUGUGUAAUAUUGCUUCUGGAAGAAACACCGUGUAAACUAGGUGAUAGAUGUGCGAAUUUAAAGUACGCGAUUAUUGAAGAUUUUUAAGUUUCGCGAACAUACUCGGCGCGACGUCGGUGACGCACGUUGAAGCUUGCUCCUUUACCCCCUUAUUCAUAAACGUGUACAUCGUUUGUCCCUUUCCAUCAUACCAAUACGUCGGAAAGGGACAAACGAUGAUCAGCGGCAUCGUAACUUUAGUACACGUUUAUGAAUAAGGGGGUUAGUGUUUUUCAAACUUGAAUGGUAGGUUUUGAUAAUGAAAAAAGAAACGACUUUUUAUAAUUCUCGGUUAACAAAGGCCAUAUAAUCGAUUCUAUUUGUGACUAUUUAUAUUUUUAAGUAAACAUACCUUCACAAUUGGACGCGACUGAAAACAUUUGACAGAAGCGGAAUCGAUUCGUUCGAUAAGUAGUCAAACUCUAUUGCAUUAAUUAUAUAUUAAAAAAACUCGACAAUAUUAAAAUUAAUCUCUUUAUUUUUGUAACAUAACAAUAUAUAUUUUUGUGAUUUGUGUAUAUUAUAGUAAGAUAUUUUAAGUUACGAAGAUGUGUAUUUUUUUGUCCUAUUUGGAUUCAAGUUAUUUUUUUUUUAAAGGAUUGGUCUGAAACGUCAAUGGCAAUGAAAAAAAAAUCAAAUGUCACCCUACUUUGAAAAAGACUGUUCACGCGUUUCACCGGCGUCGGCCGUCGCUAUGUCGUCAACGGAGGAAAUUUCGUAUGGAGGAAAUGGCGGCUCGUAGCGGUGACAGGCGUCAGAUCGCCAACGAAUUUAUUUGGCGGUUUUAAAGUACGCGUACUUAGACUGACACACGAGCGAAAAAGGUCGUCGAGCCCUACGUUUGCGAACUUACUCGCACGUCUAUCACCCAUUUAAUAAUCAUCAUUUAGUUCUUUUCUGCAAGGUAAAGUUAUAUUUCAGUUGUAAGUUAGUUGCGCUAUUAGUUGAAGAAUAAUGUUGAAAUAAACAGUUGUUGUA